AUGGCCACAAACAUGAAGUUCACUUUUGAUCAUACACUCGGGCAUGGGCGGCGGGGGCGGCCGCAGCGGCGACGCUCUGGGAGCAGCGGGGAAGGUGGAAGGGGAGGAGGGGUCGACCCGGAGGUGCUGCGGUCGCUGCUGGUCACGGUGUACAGCCACAGCAUGGCGGCGGCGGCGGCGGCGGUGAAGGAGGAGGACGACAGCAUCGAGUGCGCGGUGUGCCUCGCGGAGCUCGAGGAGGGCGACGAGGCCAGGUUCCUCCCCCGGUGCGGCCACGGCUUCCACGCCGAGUGCGUCGACAUGUGGCUCGGUUCCCACUCCACCUGCCCGCGCUGCCGCCUCACCGUCAUCGUGUCGUCGCCGCCUCUUCUUUCUCCCGUCCCGCCGACGCCGCCGUGAUGCGCGACGACGACGUACGGGCCCGCCCGCCAUGGCCGCGCUCACCUCCCAGACGUGCCCGUACUUUUCGUGGCAGGUGACGGCCGCAUCGAGGGCGACGCCGCUGCUGAGCAUCACGGCGAUGCCGACGGGGGAGUAGGGCCGGCACGGAGUGGUGGUGCUUGCCGGCUACUCCUAGCCACUCAUGUCUCCAACCCUUCCCCAAAUCGCUCCACUGAAAGUGGCUCCGCGAAGGAAGGCCGACGCGGCCGCGCUCGCCGCCGCCACCACCACCGCUGGGACCUACUCUCCGGUUGCUGCCGCCGGGGAAAAGCGUCGGGAGAGGAAGGAGGAGCUGCGGCGCCACCUCGCCGAGGACGCCGACUGGCCCCGCGCCGAUGGCUGCUCCUUCCACGAGGCUGCCGGGGCGAGGCGGGAGAGGAGGAGGCGGCAGGCGACGAGGCGGCGGCGGCGGCUGCGAGGCGGGAGAAGGCGAGGGCGGCGGCGAGGCUACGGUCCUCGAGGUACUUGACGAUGUCAGCGAGCCACUGGGAGGCGAUGCCGCAGUUGUCGGAGAGGAAGUGGAGCGCCUCCUUGAAGCGGGACAUCACGGCGAGGUAUCCGGGGAGGUCGUCGGCGACGGCGGAGGCCGCGAGGAGCGGCGGCACAGCCCGCCGCGAGGAGCGGCGGCU